GAUCGAUCGCCCAUAAUGCAGCUAUUAUCCGUACUUGUCAAUCCACUUGCCGCCGGUAUACUUUUGCUUCUCAGCACUGGCGGCUAUGUUAUCUAUCAGUGCUUUUUGUGUCCUUUGGCCCGGUUCCCAGGCCCCUUUUUGGCCAAGCUUACCAACUGGCAUCGGGCAUACCUCACCUACGAGGGGCGGUCCCAUCAUAGGUACCUUGCGUUUCAUCGGAAAUAUGGUGCGGUGGUGCGCACGGGACCGAACGUGUUGUUAUCGGUAGAGGCAGGGGGCAAGUUCGCCAAAUCCGCGUCGUAUAGCGUCCCAAAAGAGUCUCAGGCUUUUGAUCUCUUCCGCCAACGAAACGAAAAGAUACAUGGCGAACAGAGAAAGCUCGUUGCACGUGCUUACUCAAUGGAUUCCAUGGUUCACCUCGAGCCCAAUGUCAGCUCUAUCCUCACGAGUAUGGUGCAAAAGCUGGACACCCUAUCCGGUGUUGUCGAUCUUGGAGCAUUUCUGCAAUUGUUCGCAUUCGAUGUAAUUGGUGCAGUCAGCUUCUCACGCCCGUUUGGCUAUGUCAUUGCCGGUGACGAUAAUGGCGUAUUUUCUCGGCUUAAGCAAUCGUUGCGGUCAAUGUCCUGGCUCAUGAGCGUGCCCUGGUUUUACGAUAUCCAUCAAAAGCUGAAACCGCUUAUUGGCAACUGGCUGGCAGUCAAUGAUCGAAAUGGUUACUUUUACCGGUUCGCAACUCAAGAGAUUGUCUCGCGGAAAGACCGGGGCGGCGAUGAUCGAGAUAUCAUAAACCAGCUAUUUGCGAUUCAGAAGACCAAGCCUCACUUCAGUGACACGGACAUGGCAUUUAUGAUGACUGCGAAUGUGUUUGCCGGCUCAGAUACGACGGCGACGUCGCUCAACGCGAUAUUCUAUCUUCUCCUGAAAAACCCGACCGUCUACCAGCGACUGAUGCAGGAGUUAGAAGAGAAGAAAUCAAAGGGAGAGUUGAGUGAUCUGGUAACUUUCCAGCAAGCAGAAUCCUGUCCUUAUCUGCAAGCUGUGUUGUAUGAAGCGCUCCGGCUGUAUCCUGCUGCUGGACUUCAGCUGAACCGUGAUGUGCCGGAGGGGGGUAUGAAGAUUGGGAAUUACUAUGUUCCAGAGGGAACAGUGGUCGGUUCAUCUGCGUGGGUCAUCCACCGCCUGCCGGAGAUCUGGGGUCCUGACUUUGAGGAAUUCCGUCCGGAGAGAUGGCUGGAAGGGGACGUGGGAAAUCUGAAACGAUUCUAUUUUUCAUUUGGCGGUGGUUCGCGCACAUGCCUCGUCCCUACUCUUCUCAUGCGCUACAACAUCCAAUUGGCACCGGGUGCAAAGGUGACGGAUGAGAGCGGGUAA